GGACGUAACGGUCGCCAGUUCGAAUCUGUUUGUAUACACGAAUGGCGCAAGUUACUGCCGGAAUUUAGUUUAGUUGUUUCGUGUUUGUGUAAAAAAGAAACCGAAUCAUGGAGUCGUCCAAAGAACCGAUAAGCGUACGCGUAGCCCGCAUAAACUCCAACGUGAUCGGCAAAACCAAGCACAAGAACAAAAUCCUUAACCGUGAAGCACUUUUGGACGCCUUGCAGGCGUUGUACGACGAAUGUUCCAUAGAAAAUCUGCAGAAAUACGACGCGAACAUAGCGAAAUUCGUGCAACAGAACAAACAGUACAUGAAAGAGAUAAAAUCGUUGCGCGUGAAUAUAACGGACUUCGAAAUAAAAUGCGCCAUAGGCCGCGGACACUUUGGCGAAGUGCACCUGGUUAAGGAGAAACAGACCGGCGAUAUUUACGCGAUGAAAAGCAUGAAGAAGAGCGAAAAAAGCACGUCGUUCGAAGAGGAACGUCACAUCAUGGCAUUCGGCAGUUCUCAGUGGCUGACUAGUUUACAAUACGCCUUCCAGGAUUCCACACAGUUAUUUUUCGUAAUGGAGUACCAUGCGGGGGGUGACUUGUUGGGGCUGUUGUACAGACAGGGCGGCACCCUACCUGAAUCGGCCUCUACAUUUUAUGUGGCUGAAGUAUUUUUGGCUCUAGUAGACUUGCAUGCCAUGGGUUUUGUGCAUAGGGACAUUAAACCAGACAACAUACUUCUAGAUCGCUGUGGGCACAUUAAAUUAGCAGAUUUUGGAUCUGCAGCCAGGUUGAAUGAUAAAGGGAUGGUUACAGAGGGCCCUCCAGUUGGAACACCUGAUUAUAUUGCACCUGAAGUGUUACGAUCAUUUGAGAAUGAUAAGAAUGCCAAAAAUGCUGGUUAUGGGGUGUGUUGUGACUUUUGGUCGCUGGGCGUCUUAGCCUAUGAACUAACGAUAGGUAACACCCCAUUCACAGGCCAAAACACCACCUCCAUUUAUAACAAAAUCAUGAACCACUCGAACCACCUGAAGUUCCCCCCUGAUGUAGCCUUAACUCAAGCCUACACCAACUUCAUAAAAGGACUGGUGACCGACCAGAAGUCCCGCUUGAACCAGGAACAAAUCAAAACGCAUCCGGUGUUCAGGAACACGAAGUUCGACCGGUUGAUCGGCGAGGUUCCGCCGUACGUGCCGAAAAUCACCUCUCCCGAAGACACCAGCAAUUUCACGGACGUGGUGGGCAAAAAGAAGGGACCCAGUGUCGAGAAUUUCAAGAGGAAAACGCAAUUUUCCGGGAGGAAUUUGCCGUUUGUCGGCUUCACGUUCACGCACGAUCCGCCCGACUUCGUCGACCCGUACGAGAAAAUGGUGAUCAAGAAUGAGGCGGUGCAAAAUCUGCGCAGCGAGGUGGUGCAUUUACAGAAGAAACUUAUAGAGAAGGAGGAGAACAUCACGGAGAAGAACUCGGUAGAAAAGAAGCUGGAGGAGAAGACCAGGAAGCUCGAGAGUUUGGAGUGUUUAAGGAACAAAUUGGAGCGGGAUGUUGCCAAUAAUAUUGCCGAGUGUACAGCUUUGAAGAGGACGUUGGAGUUGGAACGAAAAGACCGCAUCAAACUGGAACGCAAGGCUCUAGACUUAAUAAAAGCAGCCAAAGCCAAAUGGGAGACGUCUGAGAAAUCUAAAACUGAAGCCUUGUCGUUAGAACUGCAACAACAGAAGGAAAAAAUCAAUGAAUUAACCACCACCAACAAAAUGCUGAAUGAACAACUCAAACGUGCCCUCCAAACUGAAGUUAAACACAAAGAAAGUCUGGAAACUGUACAGAAUUUAAGCAGGAGAAGCGUCGUCGGGCUGGAAUCCCGUCUGGAAAAAAUCACCAACGAUUCCCAGAACGUUAUCCACGAGCUGCAGACAAAACUCAGCGUGCAGGAGCACGAAAAGGGCCAGCUGAGGAACGAAGUGUCGCAGCUGACGGAUAAAUGUCAUGACACUGAGAAGAAAUUGAGGAAGAAGCAACAUGAUUAUGAUAUGAUGGUGGAUAAGAUGACUGAGGCAGAAGAGACCAUGAACAAGCUAACAGAAAAAUUGCAACAACUUGAAAGUUUGGUGAAUACCAUGGACGAAUAUAAGGAACAAAUUGACGAUCUGAAGCAACAAGUGGAUGAUCGCAACAAAAAGAUUAAAGAUUUAGAAAACAACGUGUAUAAAAUUGAACAAAAGACUAUAGAAAACAACAAACAGGAAAUCGAGGAAGUUAUGAAUUCUUACAAGAAGAAAAUACGUACCGUGGAAAGCCAGCUAGAAGAUGAGAGGGAGAAAAUUACAAGUUUAAAUAAGAAACUGCGUGAGAUUGAAAGUCGACUAAUGGAAGAACAGGAGAAGAACAUGUCUCUCAAAAAACAACUCAAAGAAUCUGAAAAUACUGUUACAGAGAGUCAAGAGUUGAAGGAACUGAGAACAAAAUUCUGGAGAGUAGAAAAAGAAUUAAGCAACUUUAAAAUCGACAAGAGAAUAUUAGAAAGGGAACUGAAGGAAGCCUUAUCGGAAAUAACUCAACACAAAGAGAAGGAGAAGCAACUGAAUGAAACCAUAAACAAUAAUAAAAAAGCAAAAGAUGCAGCUUUAUACGAACUAAGCUCGAUUAACGAAUCACUAACGUUGGACUUGAUGAAAACCAAGGACAGUCUAAAGAGUUUAUUGGAGAGGCUGAACAAUGAACGUAAAAAGUCCGAUGAUGAGGAAACUAUCAUUUCAGAGCUGAAAAAGAUAGUGGUGCUCAAAAACGAGAAGGUUGAAGCUUUGGAAAAACAACUGGAGGUUGCAAACGUUGAAAAAAUUAAUUUGGAGGGUCACUUGAAGAAGAACGAAAACGAGAAACAAAGAUUAUUAAACCUGAUUGACGAUCUGAGGAAGGAGAAGUCUGAAAUCAAUAAUCGUUGGGAAAUGGCCAGACGAGAAGUCGCCAACACCAACCUGAAUCUUGAAGCUUUGAGGGAGGCCUGCACUUUACUCGAAAACCAGGUCAUCGAAUACGAAAAAAUAACGGCGGCCUUCCACAAGAAGGAGACGGAAUUGAAUUCGAACACGGAGAAGCUGAUAAAAGACCUAUGUGCUGCCAAAACAGAAAUUCGUGACGCCAGGAAGCUGGCCAACGAAGAGAAGUCGCUGAAGCUGUUGGCUGAGACGAACGUGAAACGUUGCAAAGAGGACGUGGAGUGUCUGCAGAACGAGUGCAAGAGCUACAAGGACCAGUGCGUCGAAUACAAGCAGUAUUCCAGCAAGUUGGCCGAAGAACUCACGGUGCUGGAGGAGAAAAUUACCGAUUUGGAGGCGACCAUUAAAAAUCAAGAACGACACAAGAAAGAUCUGACAACUGAAAACAUAAUGCUAAAGGAAGAACUUGCUGAGCAUCUAACAAACAUUAACACGCUCAAAGAGCACAACUACAAAGUCAAUCAUCAGCUGCGAGACAUGCACGAAAGUAGAAACGUCCUGGCCCAACAGUUGCAAGAGUUCGAACGAUUGUAUAACGAAAAAAUGAAUUACUACAAAGAACGUGAAUUGAAAUCUGAAUCUACUAUCAAUCAACAAAUUAAAUUGAUUGACUUUUUACAAACAAAAGUCGACGAACACUCACAAAAGAAACGUACGAUUUCAGACCGUUUGUUUGGAAUUUCGAAAAAGGAGAACGUACCACCACCCACCAUGGCCAUGAACUACAAAGACCUGGAGCAACAACUAGCUAAAGAACGUCAACAGACCAAACUACUGAGAGAGGAGGUGCAUAAAUUAAAAUCCAACCCCAAGGAGCAACAAAUAGUGGCGGCGAUGAGCCAGAUCGUCAAUUCACCGAGUAAACAGAAAGGCGAGUUACUGCGUCAGAAUUCUGCUAAGAAGCGGAUGCACCACAACAUCCCGCAUCGUUUUGAGACCAAGCUGUGCACCAAACAGGUGCAGUGCUACCAGUGCUCCAACAUGGUUUUACUGGGGAGGAACUAUAGCGUUUGUCAGGAGUGUGCUGUACAGGUGCACAGCAAUUGUGCCAUGCAAGUGCCCAGAACCUGCGGUUUGCCCAAAGGUUUCGCCGAUCAUUUCAGGGACAGUUUAACCCAGUUGGAAAAGAAGGAGGAGCUGAAGUUUGAGGGGGACGUGUGUGUCGAGGGCUGGAUCAAAAUUCCAAACAAGAUGAACGCUUGGGAUAAAUGUUAUGCGAGGAUGUCCGAAGAGUACUUGGAGGUGUACACGGGAUUGCCCGAGGACAAAUCGUCCCAAGUUUUAGAUAUCUUCGAGCUGAAACCCAAAAACUCAACUGGCAAGGUCAUUUUGGAACCUGUUGCUAGUGAAAUUGGCGUUCCUGUGGCUAGCAGCGAUUUACCUUUUAUUAUCAAAUUGGAAAUACAUCCUGAAACAACUUGCUGGCCUGUAAAAUGUUUCGUAUUGAUGACUUUGUCUGCACAGGACAAAGAUCGUUGGUACCAAGCACUUCAAAACAUUUUCGAAGGUGAUUUACUAAAGGAAAAGGCGGCAACAAUAUUCACCCUUCCAGAAGACUUAAAAGUAAACUGCCUUGUUGAACUUUCAGAAAGCAUUAAACUUUUAGGCACAGAUAAAGGUUUAUAUUCGUUGUAUGAGGACAACUUUUUACACAUUGAGGGUCCAACAACUGUACAACAAAUAUCCAUAUUACAACACUCGCAUAUUGUGGCAAUGAUUAUUGACCACAAAAGCAUAUUAAUUAGUUGCGAACUGAACCAUUUAAUUAACUUAACUCAAUGUGCGGCUUGUACUAAACCCACUCUUAAGUUUAAGCAUGUCCCCAUCAAUAACUUAACAGGUUUCCACCUGUUGCAAGCCUCCAGACACGCGAAGCAACAAAAAAUAUGCGCCGCCACCUCCAAGCAACUUGUAAUUUUCGCCUACGACGAUGAACAGGGUGACUUCAUCCCCGAACGUAUUCUAGAUACCGCCGAACCGACUGGUUGCGUCCUGUUCACCGAAAAUAGCGUAAUAGUAGGGGCAGACAAAUAUUUCGAAAUUGAUUUAAGUACUUACGAAGCUGAGGAGUUUCUAGACCUGUCCGAUUCUAGAUUGAAGCAAGCUUCAGUUUGUCACAGAAUGGGUUCGUUCCCCCUCGCCAUUAUCGAAGUCUCGCACAAUCCUAGAGAGUACUUGUUGUGUUUCAAUGAGUUUUCGGUAUUCGUGGACGAAUACGGACGCUCAUCACGUCCCAGCAGCAUUAAACCAUCCCAUUUACCUCUUGCCUUCCAUUACACCAAACCCUACCUGUUCAUCGUCCAGUUCUGCGCCGUCGAACUGCUAAAUUUGCAAGAAGACGCCAAUUCCAGCACCGAUUCCACGAUCAAACCUUCGAUAAGGGUGGACCUGGGACAGAUUUCCUAUUUGGGACCCAGCAAACGGGGUGUUUUCUUCACCCAGGGCACCAACUUGAAGUAUUUGGACGUGAAAAUGGUGCCGCAGGCAGAUGAAUCUUUGCUGACUGAAAGCGACGUCAAGGACAACGAUUCGGUGUUCAGCUUUACCAGCUCGAUGGUCCAGAGUCUGGAUGGGAAUUUGAGUGAUGAUAACGUCGAAUUUGAUCGUGUCAAAAAGGUUACUUUUUCGCAAACUGAUUUAUGAACGGAAUUUUAACUGGUCUUGCCUUUUUCACAAUUAUUUAUUAAUUUUUUAUUGUUUUUUGUACUGCUUAGAUUUUAAGAUACUAAUUAGUUAACUGUGUGUAUAUAUUUUAUAAAUGUAUUAUUAUAAGUUACAAUAAAAGCCGCGACUUUGUA